AUGAAGACUUGCUUGAAUACACAAUUGUUGAACAAAGGAGGAAAGAGGUUUAGACUUUGUGUUAGGUUGCUACACCAAACCAUUGCAUGGGAGCCGAGAAACAUCGUUUUCCCUCCAGCCCUUUUUGAGAAGGACAGGAGAUUUCUGGAGAGUGUACGAACACAUACAUUGACGAAAGUGGUUUGUGCUGAGGAGUGUUACGUUACAUACAGUAAUGCGUUUGAUAAGAUAAUAGAGGACGUUACUGCAUACAAGAAUAUCCUGACUUUGAUCAAACAGGAAUACGAGGCGUUUAUUGCCAGAAUCAAGAAUGGCCAAAGGAAUGCAUUUUUUCUUCAUGGUAGAUUAAAAGCCUUGGAAUCUGAGUCCACAGCUCUGUUAUACUAUAGGAAAAGAGCAAUGGAGCUUGAAAAGAAAAUAAAAGCUAUUCAGAAGAAUUCUGCAAAAAUUAAAAACGUAAUAUUGGAAAUUUAUAAUGUAAGAAAGGUACCCUCAGAAACCUUUGGCACCUCAGGGAAAACAGCACAUCCUCUUAAGCCCAUCCCAGGCCUGAGUGUAGAAGAAUCACUCAGCUUGGAUUCUCUUUCUAAACAUCUUGCUCAGUUAGACAGACGGGUGCUGGAAUUGAAAAAAGAAGGGGGAAAAAAGUACGUCCCUCGGCAGAAAAAGACUAUGUUAGAAUAAGAACUCCUGCACUUACUGGCCUUACAAGAUACUGCUGAAGCAAAGAGAGAAAAGCUGAAGCUCAGAUAUGCUAAAAUUUUGUUAGUUGCAAAUACUAUUUCUGCCUGGGCAAAAUCGGACAAGAUUGUCACCCUGCAAGAUCUCCUCUGUCAGAUCAUGAAAAAUAAAAAAGAUGAAAGAGCUCUUGAUGUACCUAGUAAAAUGGCUGAAGAUUCACUGGAAUAUUUUGAAAGUUUCAGUGAAUUACUUUCAAGAGAUCAGUAUGGUGCCGCAGCAACUUAUGCAGUAAACUCUCCUAGGGGAAUUCUCUGUAAUGAAAAAGCUCUGAAGUAUCUUAAAUCUGUUAGCUGCCUUAAAGGAAGAAAUCUCUCUUUGCUGAAGUAUUUUGACACUCUGCUAAACUCAAGUACUGCAGCUGGACACCUUCCAAAUUCAGCCAUAACUCUGGAAGCAAUCAAAUGUGCAUUGUCUGAAAAGCAAUUAAAUCUAGUAACACGUUGGGUUAAACAGCAAAGGUUAACCUUUUCUGAGGCCGUAGGAGAUACUAUUUAUGACUACGGGAAAGUGGAACCAAGCAACGAGUCAAAAUGCCUGGCUUUGGCCCGGGUCGCGUAUGGUCAGUCUGGCACACACAAAGAAGUUGCUCUGUGCCUAUGUAAACGGGGACGAAUUUCUGGAGCAAUGGAUUAUAUUCAGCAACUGGAGCGUUUCUCUGUAGAUGAUUACUUCUUUCUGUUGGAAAGCUGUCCUAGCACUGCAUGAAUUUGCUGUCUCAGUCAACAGUGGAUUAGAACCCCGUUUCCAUCUAUGGGGGCUACAAUCCUGUCUUUUGUCUCAGCCGAUCACAAAAGGCAUGGUUUUGAGCUACUGGAGGAAAUGAGCAAGAAAAAUGCGUUGGAACAGGUUAUUCUAAAUGAUACUGUCUGUACUUUGGAAGACUGGAGUAAGAUAGCAGUUGUUUGUGCAGAAAAUAAGCAUGAGAAGUUAUCUCAGGAAAUCGUGUCGAUUCUCACCUCACAGGAUGGAGUGUUUGAAAAUUCGCCACUUGAAGGUGAAAAAGAUGCAAGGAUAAAGAAUGGAACACCUUUUCUGGUAGUUUUUCUAUGUAACGACAGAGGGAGCUCUUACAGCAGUCAAGCGAAGAAGCCUUCUAGCUCUUUGUAUGAACCGUAG